CAGCUGCUGUCUGAUCUAACUUGGCUGGACUUGAGAGUUGCUUGUGUUUUGAUGGCAGGACUGGGUUCCACUGACCUGUGGCCCUUGGGGCUCUUCAUCUGCUCCCUCCACCGGGGAGAGUCCUCCCGACACAGCAGAGGCGCUCCAUCACAGUGAAGCUGCUGGGCUGACUGCGGUGAGAACAAGAAGAGGAAGUUUUGAAAAAAGGAUGUUGCAUUGCUCAUGAAAGAGGAAUAGGAAGUCAGAGAGGAGAAAAACAAGCCGCCACCUCGGUGACGGCUGCGCUGCGUUAGCUGGUGAGGAGGCCAGGUUCCUGCGGAGAUGAGCGAGUGCGUGGAGAACACCAGCGACCACCCCAUCCAGGGACCCGCGGACGACGCGGCCGAGUCCUGCUGGGAGGACGCCGGCCUCCCGCUGGAGCUGCAGCGAGGACUGGAGCUCCUGAGGCUGAACGGAGACCUGACCGACGUGGUUCUCAGCGUCCAGGGACAGGACUUCUGCUGCCACCGAGCCGUGCUGGCCGCGGCCAGCCACUACUUCAGGGCCAUGUUCUGCAGCGGCCUGAGGGAGAGCCACGAGGGGCAGGUGGAACUCAGAGGCGUGGACCGGGAGACCAUGCAGACGCUGCUGCGCUACACCUACACCAGCAGAGCUGUCUUCACACAGGCCAACGUCCAGAGCAUCCUGGAGGCUGCCAGCCAGUUCCAGUUCCUACGUGUGGUGGAUGCCUGCGCCGCCUUCCUCAGCAGAUCGCUCUGCCUGGAGAGCUGUGUCGAGAUCCUGAAGCUGUCCGUCGACCACAACCUCCCGUCUCUGAAGACCAAGGUCCAGGACUACAUCUCCGCUCAGUUCUCCCAGGUGGUCCAGCAGCAGGACUUCCUGGAUCUUCCUGCCGAGUCCCUGGAGUCCAUCCUGGGGAGGAGCGACCUGGACGUGAAGAGCGAGGAGCGCGUUUUCGAGGCGCUGAUGCGCUGGAUAAGAGCUCGGCCGGACGAGCGCUGUCGGGGGCUGGCCCGGCUGCUCUCGCGUGUCCGGCUGCCACUGAUGGACCCGGCUUACUUUGUGGACAACGUGGAGUCUGAUGAGCUGAUUCGACUCUGCCAUGAGACCUUUCCACUGUUGCAAGAGGCGCGGACCUACCACCUGUCCGGCAGAGAGGUGACGAGGUUCCUCGCCUCCGAUCUUCGAGGCCAGACUCUCGCCACGGUCCAACAGAACUCAGUCUUCUUCUUCCAGGUGGUCUCCGAGCGAACGAAGCCUCGCAUGAAGCACUUCCUGUCUGAGGUCUUCCUGAUCAUCGGUGGCUGCACCAAAGAGGAGCGCUUCGUCCCCACGGUCACCUGUCUGGACCCUCUCAGGCGCAGCCGCCUGGAGGUCGCUCUGCUGCCUCUGACGGAGACGGAGGACGAGUCCAAGAGCAGGAAAUGGGUGGAGUUUGCCUGCAUCACCUUCCGGAACGAGGUGUUCAUAUCUGGAGGCAAAGAGACGCAGAGGGACGUCUGGAAAUACAACGGCGCCCUGGACAAGUGGAUCCAGAUCGAGCCGCUGACCACGGGCCGCUGGAGACACAAGAUGGCGGUGCUGGGCGGGAAGGUCUACGCUCUCGGGGGCUUCGAUGGACUUCAGAGGCUUGAUAGCGUCGAGGCCUAUGACCCCUUUCACAACCGCUGGACGGAGGUUGUUCCUCUUGCGGAAGGCGUCAGCUCCUGUGCCGCGGCGACCUUCGACAGAUGGAUCUAUGUGAUCGGAGGAGGACCAAACGGCAAGCUGGCCACCGAUAAGGUUCAGUGCUGGGAAGCCGGGUCCGACGGCUGGGAGCUGCGAGCGCCAAUGCCCAUUGAAACCAAGUGCACCAACGCAGUCAGCUUUAAGGACCACAUCUACAUCGUCGAGCUGUUGUGGUCUGCGCCAGACUGAAAUCGCUCCAUGCACAGAGCCAGUUUGGAACGAACAAUCGGAGACAGAGUUGGAAUAACAGCGUUAAACAUUCACUCGUCAGAGUUUCGAUCGGCAGCUGUGGGAAUAGCAGGAAUGUUCUGGUCCGAUGAUGUUAGCGUUCUGUCCCUACACCAAGUCCAACCUUGGCCCAACUAAGGCAACUAAUGUCAAUAAACCUGUGCCAUCAUGUAACCGCGUCUCUAUCAGUGUGAUCACCGCCACGCUGCUCCACAAGGCUCUCACACUGGAGGAAUCUUUCCCGCUCUGGGAACCACUUCCAGUCUCUUAAAAUGACACGCCUGCAUCAGACAUUCAGGAGCAUUUGCAAUAACUUCUUGUAUAAUCAUUAGAUGGAGAUGCACAACAAUGUGGAAACCAGAAGGAAAUCGCGAUAUAUAUGCAUCAAUGAAGAUCUGUGGAAGAAUCUGAAGAAGGUGCAGAGGUGGAUCAGGACUGAGACAAACCUGAUAUCCAGCAUCACCAUUACACCACAGAAACUCCAGCUCCCACGAACAGACACCAGUCACAGCAUCUCUGCUCAUCACCUGAGGACACCGCUCAAACCUGUCGGGAUGGUCCAGAUAAUCCUGAUCCUCCGUCACUAGUUCCACCAUGCUGUUGUUGUUGGACAGCAGGAGGCGCCGGUGUGCUGUGUCUGGGUCUGAGAGAAUAAGACACAGACAAUCAUUGUCCCAGCAAGCGAGGGAAGACCAUGACCUCCAGUGGAGAUCAUGAGCCCACAGGUCCCAAAUGUGACGGGUCAGUGUUCUGGAUCAGGUCAACAGUCUUCUGAAAAUGGGGCCACCUCAACAGAAGAACCAGAGCCUUCAGAGUUUCAGAUGCACACCACGUUGGUGACCUGUGUUCUGGGCAGUGACCUGGACUUGAUGAAGUUCUGGCAGCGGAUCCAAGGGUCACAUGAUCACACUAGCAUCACAGCUGCUCCAGUAGAAGCUGAGUCACAGAGUUCUCAAGAAGCCAUAAAAAACAGGCUUGCAUUUCUUCAGUUUAGAUCUUUAAUCUCUGUGGUC